AUGGCCGAAGAAGCAAAGAAUAAGCGUCCAUUAGGAGGACAAAAGGAACCCAUUGAAACUAAGCCUGGAAAAUCUGAAGAGCCUAAACCAAAAAAAAGAAGAAGAAGAAACUACGACGAUUACGAUGCUGAGGUGGCCAAAGAGGAAACCAAGACAAAGGACGAUUCGAAAAAGAGCGAAGGCAAGACUGCUGCGGAGGACUCAGAGUCGGACAUGGACGAUGCCAAAUUAGACGCGUUGAUGGGAAAUGAAGUGGAAGAAGAAGAGGACGAUUUAGCUGAAAUUGAUACCUCCAAUAUCAUUACAUCUGGAAGAAGAACCCGCGGCAAGGUAAUUGAUUAUAAGAAGACUGCAGAGGAAUUAGACAAGAAUGAAGCUACUGUAAAGCCCACUAAUGAAGCAGGAAAGGAUGACGAAGAAGAUGAGGAUGAGGAUGAUGACUUUAAGGAGCAAUAA